AUGACUUGCAAAAAAAAGUUCUGUUUGCUAUUAAAAGAUCUUCCCAAUAAGGCAAUCGAUUCACGGGGGUACAAGAAAGCUAUUGUUACACCCAAAAAAUCUCUCGUGGUGUACAACGUCACUGAAAAAUUGGCUUUGCAUAUUGCCAAUAAAAUUAUUGCCUUUUUUUUACUACAACAUCAGCGCAUAAUUUUUUUGACAUUUAACAUGAGCAACAUCAACAACAUCAACAACGCCAAUAAGAUUGUCAUUGUCAGCAAGUUGUCAAAGAAGUACGAUACUGCCUUGACUGAGUUCAACUCAAUCUUUCUUGUCAGAAGAGAAUUCUCUUCAGUUGUAGCUGUUAGAGAAGCUGCUAGGGCAUAUGGUGCCAAACAUAACAUUGCUCUCACCACUGCGUAUUCAUCAAGCUCUCGCAUUAAGCUAAUCUGUAAGCACUCUGGUGAAUACAGAGACAUCAGAAAGGCUGAGAAAGCUGCUCAAGUAUUGGUUAAUGGAGAAAGCCCUCUUUCUGGAUAG